UUCGCGUGCAGUCGUCUGGGAAUACACAUCAGUAACAGCUCCUGGUUGCAGCAUUCCCCAGGGGACGGUGGCUAGAAGAUGACCCAGAGAGGAGAUCACAAACAGUCCUGCUUCCUCUCAUUUUUGUUGGUAUCCACUCUGCCCCUGCCCCUGCUGAGGGCGGAGUAUUCCAGCUGUGGGGAGAAUGAGUUCUACAACCAGACCAGCGGAAGCUGCAAGCCAUGUCCCCAGUGCCAACCGGGUCAGGAGCCUUACAUGAACUGUGGCUAUGGUAUCAAAGAUGAAGACUACGACUGUGUGCCAUGUCCAGCGGGGAAGUUCUCCAAGGGCAAAUAUGAGAUCUGCAGGCGUCACAAGGACUGUGACGCCCUUUACCGGGCCACUGUGCUGACCCCGGGCACCCCAGAGAGUGAUGCUGAAUGUGGACCCUGUCUGCCAGGAUAUUACAUCCUGGAGAACCGCCCUCGGAACAUCUAUGGGAUGGUGUGUCAUUCCUGUCAGAAUGCCCCUAGGAACACCAAAGAGUGCAUGCGUGGCACAUCCAUCUCUUCAGGACACGCCCCCAGUGCCUCCUCUACCAGUGCCACCAUAUUCCCACAACCACACAAAGAUCCCACUGGACAGGGGCACUUGGCAACAGCCCUCAUUAUCGCCAUGUCAACCAUCUUUAUCAUGGCGAUCGCCAUAGUGCUGAUCAUUAUGUUCUACAUUCUAAAGGCCAAGCCAAAUGGCCAAGCGUGCUGCACUGGUCAAGUAGUGAAAGAAGUCGAAGCACAGACCAACAAUCAGGAAGACAAGAAAGAAGCCCAAGAUAGUGUAACAAUCUUCACAGAGAAGGAUGAAUUUGACAAACUCAAACCCACUCCGCCAAAGACAGUGAAAAGUGAGAACGACGCUUCCUCAGAGAAUGAGCAGCUGCUCAGCCGUAGCAUUGACAGCGAUGAGGAGGCCGCAUUAGAGAAGCAGGGAGCUGCUGACCUGUGCCUGCUGUCUCUGGUCCACCUCACCCGAGACAAGACCUGCUCUUCCACCAACAGCAACAGCAGCAAGUCUACUGGGAUUCAGAGUCGAAGGAAAAAGAUCAUGGAUCUUUAUGCAAAAGCUUGCAACAUUGCAGAGGGCCUGAGCCCCACGGAGCUGCCCUUUGAUUGCCUGGAGAAGACCAGCCGCAUGCUGAGCUCAACCUACAACACCGACAAGGCAGUGGUGAAAACAUGGCGCCACCUGGCAGAGAGCUUCGGCCUGAAGCGGGACGAGAUCGGCGGCAUGACGGACGGCAUGCAGCUGUUCGACCGCAUCAGCACGGCUGGAUACAGCAUCCCGGACCUGCUUACCAAGCUGGUGCAGAUCGAGCGCCUGGACGCUGUUGAGUCUCUGUGCACGGACAUCCUGGGCGGGCCCGAGGGAGCUCCGCCCACCUCCCCCGCCCUCUCAUCCCGAUGCGCCAGUGUCUGAGCCCCGCCCCCGUCGGCUCUACGUGAAGAAUUGGGGACGGCUCCCUGGCUGUGAUACCGAGACACUGAGAUGCAGAGACAGCAGAGCAAGUGGAAUUGUCUCUGUUCUGUCCAGGGGGGAUGUCGCACUCACCCUGAAAAAAAAUGGCAGCGAGCACUUCGCCCAGCUGCUUAAAGACCAGCCGUAGUCAGAAUAUGACAUCAUGUGGGCAUUGGAGAUGUUCCCUCACUGGUUUUGCUCCUGUUGUUGCCAUGAUGGAAAAAACAAGCAAAACAGCAGGGGUAAACUCUUGCUCGCUGUUUUUUCUUCCUGGGAAAAGUCCACCCAUCUGUGAUGGUGAUUUGGAGAUUGAUUAGGGCAAGGGCAUCAGGGAAUGAAACCACACUCCACACCUCCUGAGAAGAGGCCCAGUGAACUUACUGCUAUGUGUCCCUCAGAUGGGACCGAUUCCAGGGAUCCUCUUCACUGAAGGGGUGGGAGGCUUUUAAAACCAUGACUAAUUCCCAGGCAAAGAACAUUUAAAAAUCUGUUGGCACCCUGAAAUGGAAUACUGAGCAAUGUAGAUUACGUUUGGUUAUGAAAGGAUGCAGAGGGUCUGUUCA